UUACAGUAUGUCAUAUUUGGCCAUUUUGUAUGGAAAACGGCUUUCACUGCUAUUUUUAAGAACACAGCUGUACAUUAUUCACACCAUAAACUGUUAAUUUCCAGUCAAGAAGUGGUUCGCUAGCACCUCAAUGUAAAGCUUCUAAUCAUAUCAUACAAUUUUCCCCAGCACCAGUAACCUACACGGUGAACGCUCGUGGCAAUCGGCGAAUAUGACACUUGGGAUACCUUUUCGAUGCGGAGAAAAGACGACACAAAUCCACCAGUUGGCGAUGCUGCCAGGCAAAGAAGCUUCAGUGUAAGGCUCGGAUAGUCGAGCGAAUCUCCAAGUGGGGCGAGCCAUCAUAUGAACUCGUGCGGUCUGUGCACAAUCAUGGUGUCGUUCCUGGUGACGCGCCGCUGGGAUUAAGCUUCAAAUUUUAAGAAGCAAUGUUACCGAAGUACAAUACGUGUUGAGCGCUCGUGGAGGCUUACAGCUAUGCAUCGAUGGCUUCCGCUAGACACGUGAUCGGAUUAAAGAUAACAAAAUUGUCUACCGUUGCGUGCACUACAAACCGCUAGGAUGCAAAGCACGUGCCCACACCGAUAAGGAUGACCCCAAGGUGAAGAUUAUCGAGAUGGAACACAACCAUCCACUGAAGAUGGACCGCCGGAAAAGUGGAGCCCUGAGACAGCUACUGGAGCAACGCAAGCAGGAAAACCGAGCGACGGGUGGACGUACAAGUCGAAAAAAGUGAUGGCGAUCUGUUUUUCGGCGAUAAUCUAGUACCUCAUGCAGUUUGUAGGGACUUCGUUUGGUAUAUUCAAUUUGAAAGAGCAGUUGAAAUCGGUUGAAUACUGAGAUUUUAUAAGCGUCGAAGCGUCUUCAAUCUGAAAAUCAGGAAUCGGCUGGUAGUUUAUUUGUAAUCAUUUAGUCUUAGAGACGUCUUCAUGGUAGUUUAUUCUGGUUGAUGAAUAAAUCAAUAAGGCAACUAUGAUUAAUAUGUUGAUGUAUGCCUAAGCUUCUGAGACAAAAAAUCAGUUAUUUUAGUACAGGCACAUUUGGCCGUCCUGAAAUAAUCACAUUCACAUUCAAACAAUUGCAGAACUAAGCAUAUCGCCCGUCCCACGACCAGUAAGGACGAUUACUACGAAGCUAUUCCGUGUUCAACAGAGCAAACCGAUUAUUGUCGCUACCGUCGAGGGGUUCGCCUUUCCGUUACAAUCAGAAGAGGAAGUGGACCGUUUGGAGUAUUCCGCUCGAAGAGAUCAGCUCAUUCGUGAUCAAUAUGUAAGCAAUGCGGUGGUCAAGUAAUCUAGUACUUCUAACUGACAUGUUUUCGAUAUUUUCCAACAGGUAGCGUUGUUGCAGGAAGUGAAACCUCACCAUCAGGAUCCAUCUAAUGUUUUUGCAGACCUGUUUUCCGACGAGGCACUUCUCGGGUACAACUAUUACGGGAAAACGAACCGAGCGAAGAAGAAGAAAGCCAUGCGGAAGUAUAUCAUAUUUACCGAUUGUAUGGUUGAUGCAUGGCUUUCGCAUGGGGUUACGGAAGAAAGUUUAAGAAUAUCUAUCGUUAAGGUCAUUGCACGACUUAACCACAAAGUACGUAGCAGAGGAUAUCGAAAAAACCCUUCAAGCGUUGCAACGCAGGAUGGUGCCGAAGUCGGGGAAGAACUUUAUUGAAAGAAGUGUGAAAAUUUUCCAGCGAUGCUAAGAAGUAAUGAUUUGUUAUGGUGCAGGUAGUUCCCAUGGUUAAGAUCAUUCCGUAAAGAACACUGCAGUACUAGAUUGCAACAUCUUGGAAUCGAUAAACGACUCUUGAAUCAAUCUGUUCAUUAAGUUUUAAUUCGCAUUCUACAUAUAUUAGGGAAAACGCCUGCAUUUACUCAACUAUGCUAAUAUUUCUUUUACAAAAUCGUCGACAAUAUUGAACGCCUGGAAAACACCGUCCAUGGAAAAUCAGACAUCUUCAAAAAUAAUUGAAAUUAUUCCCAAAUUUUAGUACUGCGAUGUGAACUUGGAAUAUUUGAAAUGCAAAUGGUGACUGCCAACGUUAGAAUAAAUACCCAAGUAACCACGAGGCACUAUAAUCCACCUGGAAGCGAAUAUAAUGCUAUUAAGGAGCUGACACGCUUUACAUUGGCCGCUUAAUAGUCCUGUGUGCCAAAAGUGGCGAAAUAUAGUGCUAAUGGUUACUAGGGUAUAAUUUUAUUAUUAUAAUAAAACAGUAAACAUUGGACUAAUAUUAUGUUAUAUAUCUACAGAAAUUAUCAGUUGAGCCUCUAAUAUCUAAUUGUAUAAACUUUUUCAACUCCCACAGCGUGCAAGUGUCAUACAUCUAAACCGAAGAAGCAAACUGAGCAAUGGUUCACUGUCGAUGCGUUCCAGUACGUAGAGAAUCGCAAGGGUAAUCUCAAUCUUUUCUACCAAGGAUACGAGUAUUUACGGAGACGUGUUGCCGACCAAGCAACCAUGUGGGAAUGUAACAAGAAGAGAACCUGCGGGGCACGAGCCGUAACCCGAAACGGCAAUCAAAUCAAGCUUAACAAGUUUCAACACAAUCAUCCGCAUUCGCGGCUGGCACGUGGUCCGGUUAUUGUACCCGCCGUUAAUCCGGUGCCGAUCAUGUACAAGGACGAGCCUCUGGAUUUGAAUGCUCUUGACGAGGCGAUUUCGUAGAGUGCUUAGUAACAGUUAUAUCUGUCAAAGCAUGCUGUAUUAUUAUAAUCUAGUACUUUCUAAAUUUGGGCUAACAACAAACAAAUAGUUAACUACAAACAAAUAAAUCAAACAUUCCGUCUGAAAUCUAGUACUUCAUUUCAACCAAUACACCAACCUUUGAGAACGUCACUAAUCAAUUUCAUGAUUUUCUUUCCAGAUUUCUACGUUCGGUACGUGACCGGUUUCAGGGGCAGUCGCAAAUUGAAAGUGGGCGAGUUCAGCUUUACCAAAAACAAGGAGUGUGCAAACAAAACGUACUGGUCCUGCGCCAGGGCCGGCAUGGACAAAUGCAAAGCGCGGGUGCUGACCUAUACGCUGAAAAAUGGCGAAGAGAAUCUGGUGGUACGCUAUCCCACGCAUAAUCACGGGCCGUUCUAGUACUGCACUGUAUGGUAACAUUAGCCAAUGGAAGCAAGCAUUUAGAUUAUGGAAUCAAACUGAUUUAGCACAACAUAUUUGCUUGAAGGAUUCCUGUGGCUGGUAGAACGAUGAUUUCCAUUCUCGAUCAUGAACUAUUAUAUCCAAUCAAUGAUCUUUUUAGCGGAAUAUGAAAACUGGUAUAAUUAACCAUACAUUAAGUUGAAAAAAAAACAGAAAAUUCGAUAAAUGCAUUAAGUAAAUAACUAUUUUGUUACUAUUAUUGUUAAAAUAUUAUUAAGUUGACUCGCAU